UGACGAAGCAAGUGGAUAGCGGAGUUGGCAAAAGAGGAAGAGAAACUCGAGAGAACGGGAAACGUAACGCGACAAAGCAAUAAAAGAGUGUUCCGAGCCCCGUAUCUGCUGUUGGAGCUCGAGUUUGAUUCAUUGAUUAACGAAAAGAAGAGUGAGCGCAAUGCGUCUCGACACGAACUCAAAUGUGGACUUCAAAGCAUUCGAAUCCAGCUCCAGCUCCAGUUCAUGUCUCGUCAAGUUGGACAACUUGGCCACCUGGGGUGGCUCGCAGAAAACAGACACUCGGCUGCCAAUCACGGACUACUCGACGCUGGGCGGACCCCGGCACAAUCGCAGUCCCUUUCCCCUGUCCAAAGAUGUCAAUAAUCGUCUGGUGAUCUGGGAUGGCGACAUGACCACACUGGAUGUGGACGCCAUCACAAACACCAGCGAUGAAACUCUGACUGAAAGCAAUACCAUAUCGGAGCGCAUACUCGCCGUCGCUGGCAAUCAGCUGAGGGAGGAGUUGAGCACAAACGUCAAAGAAUGCCGCACUGGGGAUGUGCGCAUCACGCGUGGAUACAAUCUGCCCGCCAAGUAUGUGCUGCACACAGUGGCGCCCACCUACAGGGAAAAGUUUAAGACCGCCGCCGAGAAUACGCUGCACUGUUGCUACAGAAACGUUCUGUGCAAGGCCAAGGAACUGAACCUGCACACCAUCGCCCUGUGCAACAUCAGUGUCCACCAGAAGAGCUUUCCAUCGGAUGUGGCCGCACACAUUGCCCUGCGCACCAUCCGACGUUACCUGGACAAGUGCACCCUUCAGGUUGUGAUAUUAUGUGUGAACAGCAACGAGCGCGGGACCUACGAGGUGCUGGCCCCGCUCUACUUCCCCCGCGACCAGCUGGAGGAGCGCAGCGCCCUGUGGCAGCUGCCCAAGGACAUUGGCGGCGAGUUCGGCGAGCCGCAGCACCCCGAUCCCGACCGCCAGAUCCGCAUUAUUCGCAAUCCCCAGCACAGUGUCCACAUGCGUCACGGCCACACCGACGACGAUUCCGACGUUAGUCCGCACGAUAUGGAGGGCAACAGCUCGGACCUGGAGUACGGAGCCAAGGACAUGAACGGACUCAGUCCGAACUCCUACAGCAGUGGACUUCAGACCCAGCUUCAGCGCGAUCUGGACAGACAACAUUUGCUUAGUGAUCGUCCGCGGGCCGGAGUCUAUGAGAAUGUCAUAUCCGAGGGCGUCGAGGGGAUCGAGCACCAGGAGAGAUACGAGCGUCUCCUGCGUCGCGCUCAGGUCGAGGACUUGACGGAGGUCUCGGGCAUUGGCUGUCUGUAUCAGAGCGGUGUAGACCGCUUAGGUCGCCCUGUGAUUGUGUUCUGCGGCAAGUGGUUCCCCGCCCAUAACAUUGACCUGGAGAAGGCGCUGCUGUAUCUGAUAAAGCUACUGGAUCCCAUCGUAAAAGGAGACUAUGUUAUUUCCUACUUCCACACACUGACAUCCACGAAUAACUAUCCAUCGCUGCACUGGCUGCGCGAGGUCUACAGUGUGUUGCCCUACAAAUACAAGAAGAACCUGAAGGCCUUCUACAUAGUACAUCCGACAUUCUGGACCAAAAUGAUGACCUGGUGGUUCACCACGUUCAUGGCGCCCGCCAUCAAGGCCAAAGUGCAUUCUCUGCCUGGAGUCGAGCAUCUGUACUCGGCCAUCACAAAGGAUCAGCUGGAAAUACCCGCCUACAUAACCGAAUACGACAUGGCGACCAAUGGCCUGCAUUACUUCAAUCCUGUGCCGACUGCCUCGUAGAUGGCGGCCAUUGUGGCUGUCUAAGGACAGCGCAGCCGCCAUAGCAUAUACAUACAUAUAUAUACACCCACACAUGUGAAGUUUUUAUAGAUUUUAUAGAACGUAUUUUGUUUUCUUGAUAAGUAAUAAUUGUUUACUUGCGCAUAACUAUCGAUGUUGUCGUUUACCGAUUGAUCUGACGCAAGUUUUGUUGAGCAUUGUCUAGCAUUCGUUUGUGGAAGGGCCCAGAGUCGCCCCCACGCCCCAACCAAUUAGAUAAAUGAUAAAUCUACGUACAGAUAUGUAAAUCCUAAAUCCCCCCCCAAAAGCGAGAAUUAUGUAAAACAUUCUUAUGAAGUGCAUGGAAAUUAGCUAAUUAGUUGAUUCAGAAGAUUUAUUGAUUGACAGCAGGCGAAGGACAUAAGAAUACACACGUUGAACUAUUAGUAGGAUGAGGAUAAGUAGGAGGAUGUGGAUCUGGACGAUGCUAUUAGAUGAUGAUGAUACCAAAACAAACCAAAAAAUGUUAGCAGUGCUGAACAAAAUGAAAUUUGAUUAGAUGACGGACAUAUAUACACAUAUACAAAUAUAACAAAAAUGAUUACUUGUACUACGGAAUUUGGAAAGGAAUAUAGAAAUAUAUAUAUAUAUAUUGUA